AUCAAAUGGUCGUCCCCUAAAGUACCCAAAGGUCAUAAUGCAGGCAUACUGCAAGAAAGUGUUAGCUAAAAAACGCGGGUAAAAUGAAAAUUAACGGGAACAUUGAAAUCUUUUUUUUUUUUUUUUUUUUAUAAAUAAGCAUAAUUUUUAUUGUAUAUGCAUAAAUAAAUUAUUUCUUCUUAAAAAAAAAUUUUAAAAGUCGUAUGAAACUCCAAAUUGAAUAAAAUUUAUGAACAUGUUUUUUUUAACUAAAAUAGCUCAUUUUUCUAAUAAAAGACGCAUACCUGAUCAUACAUAGACUUCUUUUUUAAAGAUACUCUUUUAUUUUGUCCAUAUUCCUAAGAUAUAUAUAUAAACAUUUACACAAUAAUUAUACUGUCUUCCCGUAUAAAACAUAUGAAUUAACCGACAGCUUUUCCGUACAUUGCCGAAGUGCUAUUAGUGAUUUUUCUAAUCACAAUUGAAAAGGCGUUAUAAACAACUGAUAGAGCAUGUAAGAAUAAAUUAUUAUAAUCCGAUGAUAUACACCUAAAUGAUAGUUGAUAUAGAAAUUGGAUGAAUAAUUAACAGCAAGUUAUAGUAUAUAUAUUUAUCUACUUUGAAAUUGGCAUCUUCAACGUGAUAUUUUCAGCUGAAGGAUGUCUUUUUGACUGCACGUUGAUUCCAAAAACUGACCAUUUCUAACGCGAAAAUUUAGGAUUCCGUUAUUUUACGAUAACUUUUUAAUGGUAAAUUAUAGCGCUUCUGCGUGAUCGUCAGUAAAUCUUGUAAUAAAAGAAAAUUGCUACUCCUUUACUUGUACGAUACAUACUAAUAGCACUAACUGUAAGUGCAAUAUUGUUUUUUAAUCAAAACUAACCAAUUUAGUCUAAAUUUUGGGGGAAUUUUGGUGUUGGAACGUCAACGUCAUUAAAAUCAAUGACUUCAUCAUAAAAAAAAAUCUUAAGAUCAAAGCGAAAACAUGGACGAUUCAGAUGAAUCUUUUACCGAAUCUGAUCAAAGUGACCUAGAAACUGAAUUUGAUAGUGACGAAGGAGAAGAAGAAAAUGAUAGAAAUGAUGAGCAGGUGCUUCAACCCUGGUUUCGCAUAUUUCCACCCGAAGAAGAGCGUCGCCAGCCAGACUUUCAGGAAACUGUUGGACCACAGAAUAUGCCAAACCGAAAUUCGAAACCUAUAGCCUAUUUCUACCUACUGAUGACAUUUAACUUUUUACAGCAGAUUGUUCAGGAAACAAAUAGGUAUGCUAGAGAUUUCAUAGCCAGUCGGGAAAGGAUAAGACGAUUCUCAAGACUACACGCUUGGCCUAAAGUUGGAGAAACAACACUGACUGAAAUAAAAGGAUUCUUUGCCGUCAUUCUUAACAUGGGUUUGAUUAGAAAAGCGACCAUAGCAGAAUAUUGGAACAGUAAAUUGCCAAGCCAAGAGACAAAAUGGUUUAAGAACAUGUUUAGUCGUAACCGAUUUCAACUCCUUUUUAAAUUUUUUCAUCUAACUAACAACAAUAACAUACACGGCAGAAACUAUCCAAACUACAGUCCAACAGCAAAAUUUCAGUGCCUUAUUGAUUUAUUCAAUCGUCAGUCGAAACUUCAUUAUAAACCGGAACAAAAUUUAAGUAUAGAUGAAAGUUUAAUAGCGACGCGUGGUCGAACAUGCAUGAUUCAAUACAUUCCGUCAAAAAGCUCAAAGUUCGGGGUAAAAGUUUGGAUGCUGGUUGAAGCAGUAUCAGGAUAUAUCAUCCACGCCAUAAUAUAUAGAGGAAAGACAUAUGAUCCAACACCACCAGGUCUAACCCAGGGUUCCUACGUUGUAAAUACCUUGUUAGAAAGAGCUGGGUUACUUCGUAAAAUGUAUCAUGUCGUGUGCGACAGCUUCUUUACUUCUAUCGCGCUUGCUAAACAGCUUUGACAACUCGAUACUUAUUUUACCGGAACUAUUCGCCAAAACAGGUACAUGCCAAACAUGAUCAAACAUGCCAUUCUAGGAGAACGCGAAUUCAAAUAUGCUCGCCAGGGACCUAUUCUAAUAUGUGUAUAUCGCGAAAGGGCUCGAAGGAAAUCCGUCCGUAUCUUAUCAUCGCACGAAAAGGCCACCCAAAAUAAUGACAAUAAACCACAAGUACUUGAAUUUUAUAAUAAAAACAUGGGCCGGGUCGAUCUGGCAGACAUGAUGGUAACGCAUUAUAAUGACAA